AAAACAGAAUUAGCCGAAAUAAUAUCGCAGCCAGUAUUGGUCCAUUUUAUCUCACGAUCGACGUAGGAACAUCGGAAAUGUUAAAUAGGAUGAAAUAUUUUUCGACCUCUAAGUAUAUACGUAUUUAGUUUUACUUGUUUUUAUUACAUGAAAAACUAUCUACACAGGAAGUUUAAUUAAGUUGCGUACUGCUGUCAUGGCUUUCGAACAUUCUAAUAGAACCAAGAGUGAAAGUAAAGAGUGUCGUUGUCCGCACCGAUCCAUAACUUCUCGUAAGUUAAUUGCGGUGGUGAAGUAUAAUUCUUGGACUCGUUCGAAUUCAUCUAUGUUGUGUGAUUAAUAAGCCUUGGUGGUCUUUCAGUGACUUUAGUUCAUCAACUGCAUUUGAGGAAGUUUCGGGAAGUUUCACUCUUUUUAUUACUACCAGCUGACAAACCAAUUAAUUAGUGACACUGCAAUCUUCUGUCGAGGGCAAACAUAAGGAAAGGGCGUCUUGUUCGACGUACCGUAACGCGAACAUUUGUUGUAUAAAAGCAGAGAUGACAACUCUUGGUUUGUCAGUCAUCGCUAAGAUUCUUGUCAAUCAACAAGUUCUUCCAAAAAUCAUCUCGAGCUAUACCAAUUGAAAAUCGUUUACGUCAGCGCACCGUCAUGGUAGCAAAGGAUAUACUAGUACUGCCCUUUUUGCUCGUUCUUUGUUGCAUGGUCUCACUAAGUUGGUCAACAAAUAUCGAAGAAGAAACAUCGGAAGGCUUUUACGAAGAAACUGUAGUAUUGAAAACGAAAAUUGGCUCAUUACGGGGUCAUAAAGAGGUGGUUGAUUUCAAAACUUCGUAUUACGCAUUCAAGGGUAUCAGAUAUGCUAAAGCACCGUCAGGUGCAAAACGUUUUCAGCCACCGGAAGCAGAGGAACCUUGGACCGGUAUUCGCAAUGCUCUACAAGACGGCCACCUUUGUCCUCAGUUCAGCAUUCAAACAGGCCAACCAAUCGGUGAUGAAGACUGUCUCACAGUCAACGUCUACACACCUUCAAUACGUAGUUCAAAGGCAGUGAUGGUGUUUUUGCACGGCGGUGCUUUCGUGAUGGGAGGUGGUUCGUCAUACUUUUUUGGUCCAAAGCUUUUGAUGGAGCAAGAUAUCGUAUUAGUUACUGUUCAGUAUCGUCUUGGAGCUCUAGGUUUUCUGAGUACCGCGGAUCAUCGAGCCCCAGGUAAUUGGGCUUUGCUGGAUCAACUAGCCGCUCUGCGUUGGAUCAAGGAUCAUAUUUCGGCAUUUGGUGGUGAUUCCAACUCGGUAACACUCUUUGGAGAAGACAGUGGAGCAGCUUCAGCAACAUUCCUGGGUAUGUCGCCUCUUGCUGAAGGACUCUUUCAUCGCAUUAUUGCCUUGUCGGGCAAUGCUAUGUGUGGUCAAUAUAUUCAACAAAAACCGAAGGAAGCAGCUGCCGAACUUGCCCGACGGUUAGAUUGCGAUGAAAUGGGAGUUCCAGAGAUGAUGGAUUGUUUGCGUAGUGCACCUGUUGAUGAACUUGUUGUUAAAUCCAACGAUAUGUAUAUAUUUUACAGCUUUCCUCGUUGGUUUACUCCUGUCGUCGACGGUUACGUUAUUCCAGCCGAUCCAGAAGAAAUGCUUAUUAAAGGUUCUUUUCACCAUUUGCCAACUUUAACUGGUCAAACAAAAGACGAAGGGGCCUUCUUUUAUCGACUGACGCUAAAUACCAUAAGCAGUGGCCGUUACGACGACAGCUUCAUCGAUCAGCUUCCUCGUCUUUUGCCAAUUAUGUCUGAACUGGAUCGGAGACUGCUUCCAUUGUCGAAAGCUAUCCGGCGCAAGUAUUUCCGCAACGUUGAUCUCGAUGAAGAGGAUCAAUUUAGACCAAAAUACAUCGAAUUUUUGACCGAUUUACUCUACACUCGCUGCAUUGAUCGAUAUUCACGUCUAUUGGCAAACCAUAGCGUGCUGACUUAUCGUUACCUUUUUGAAUAUCGUGGACAGCAAAGCGUUGUUAAUCUGCAGGGUGAAAUCGCCGAUUUUGGUGUGGCUCAGGGAGACGAUCUUCAAUACGUCUUUAGUGAUUUGUGGGGCAAAGAUUCACCCAUGUCAGCCGACGAUCUCAAAUUUAGCAAGAAUGUCUUUCUACCGUUGUUGGCUAAUUUUGCCAAAACUAGUGUUCCUACUCCAAGCAUCACUGAAUUCAUACCGACAGCUUGGGCUCCAUUCAGCACGAAAGGACGACUUUUUCGUAUCGGCUCAAAGCUAACAGUUGAUGUUGAUUACCGAGCUGAUGCUACACGGUUUUGGAAUGAUGAAAUACCUGCCAUACUGAAAUCAGCAAAAAAUAUCGUUGCAGAUGCAAGCCCAACUGCUAGAAUAAGCAAAGAGGAACUGUAGUUUUCUAUUGUCAUGAAAAUAAAAUAAUCUUCAUGAAUAAAACACCUGUUUUCUUUGGAGUCAGUACACCAUGCAUUUUAA